GUUGGGAGGAGUUAUCCCGAGACCUGUCGUGGGAGAUGAUUUAUGUGCAGCACGCAGACAGCACGCCGAUGACUGACUGGCAGGGAUGUGAUGUCGUCGACUCCAAUAAUGUGAGCCGCGCUGAAAACCGAGAGAUUGCGGCGUUCUGGGAGGAAGAGGUGCGCCAGUACAUAGCAGCAAUAUCGUCGGACGAUGCCAGAAGGAACGAAGCUCUCUGA